AUGACACUGGUAGUAGACAGUCUGAAUGACACUGGUGUGCUGUUGCAGACAGUAGACAGUCCGAAUGACACUGGUGUGCUGUUACAGACAGUAGACAGUCCGAAUGACACUGGUGUGCUGUUACAGACAGUAGACAGUCCGAAUGACACUGGUGUGCUGGUACAGACAGUAGACAGUGCGAAUGACACUGGUGUGCUGGUACAGACAGUAGACAGUGCGAAUGACACUGGUGUGCUGUUACAGAAUAUAUUGGACGGACAGCUCACCUGCCAGUCAGACAGUUGCGUUAAUGGAGGAACAUGUUUCAUCGACAAUGCCACCAUUAAGUGUGUUUGUCCACCCAGCUAUACUGGAGACUACUGUGAAAGUCCUAUCUCCUGCCCUGUUUGUCAGAAUGGUGGGGUAUGUGAGGGAGGUGUGUGUCUCUGUCCCCAGGCCUACUCGGGUGUGACGUGCCAGGAGGAUGUGAAUGAGUGUACCCAGACAACUCCACCAUGUCAGCCGUACGGGAUGUGCCAGAACACCUAUGGCACCUACACUUGUACCUGCAUUACAGGUGCCACGGGUGCUGAGUGUGAGACACUUCUGGACCCCUGCCUGAGUGGGCCGUGCUUGUUUGGAGGGACAUGCCAUGUUGGGGUGGAGGGGUACACCUGUACCUGUGUGGACGGAUUCAUUGGGGACAGGUGUGAGGCAGUAGUUAGGAGUUGUAGCAGAGACCCAUGUGGACAGAAUGCACUUUGUGUGGACCAAACAACAGGUGGCUACACAUGUUAUUGUAAGCCUGGUUACCAUGGCGAGCAGUGUGAAAUGGAUAUAGACGAAUGUGCCUCCUCUCCAUGUCGUAAUGGCGGAACAUGUAACAAUGAAAUUGAUGCUUUCAACUGCACAUGUAUAGCAGGAUACGCUGGUCCUCGCUGUGAGAUUGACAUCAACGAGUGUGAGAGCAACCCUUGCCUGAAUGGAGCCACCUGCUCAGAUGUAACCAUCAAUAGUUUCCAGUGUCUCUGUGCUCCAGGGUACUCGGGCACAACCUGUGAGACUGACAUUGAUGACUGCAGCCCAGAACUUUGUCAGAAUUACCAAGUCUGUGUGGAUGAUGUCAACAAAUACAGGUGUGAGUGCCCAGAGGGUAUGACGGGAAACCAGUGUGAGACACACAUUGAUGAUUGUCAUAGCAACCCUUGUCAAAACGGUGGGACUUGUGUGGAUGAAGGGGACCGGUAUGUGUGUCAGUGUUUGGAUGCGUAUGCAGGCCUUCUCUGUGAGAUACGUACUGACUAUUGUGAUCCCUCGCCUUGUCUUCAUGGCGCCACCUGUGUAGGAGACCUAACCACUCCCCCCUUCUACACCUGUCAGUGCCCACCUGGUUUCCUUGGAGACACAUGUGAAGGUGAUGUGUACGAGUGUGGAUCAGAUCCAUGUCAGAAUGGAGGCACAUGUGUGGAAUUUACCAAUGGUCAGACAGGGUACACUUGUACAUGUGUUGCUGGAUACACAGGGCAGGUGUGUGAGGCUGAGAUCAACACAUGUAUGCUCACCUGUCUUAAUGGAGGAACAUGUAAUAACACCAACCAAGGUGAGACAUGCGAGUGUCCCACCGGAUGGACAGGUAACAGGUGUGAAGAUAAUAUAAAAGAGUGUUUAAACCCCCUCGUCUGUCAGAAUGGGGCCACCUGUGUGGACCUGCCUGGUAGCUUCCUGUGUAUCUGUGGGGACUUCUGGGAAGGGACUCAUUGUGAGACAGACGUGAAGGAGUGUGACAUGACAAUGUGUCAGAACAAUGGUACCUGUCUGGAAACUGUUGGAGGGCCACCAGUGUGUAUUUGUCAUGCAGAAACCAUCCUUGGCUAA